AUGAUUAUCAAAAAUCAACAACAACAACAUCGUAAUGAAAAUACAUUGUCGUCCCCUGCCGAUAGCAGUAAUUAUGACAAUUGCUCAUCAACAGCAUCAACUGCAUCGUCUCCCUGUUCUUCCAUGUCUUGCUCGGAAACUGGAGUUGUUGAUCAACCCCCCAUCAUUACCAUUGCAAACACAAACAACAACAGUGGUGGUAAUAGUGUUAGUGGUAGUAGUAGUAGCAGUAGACGCUAUGGUGAUUCCAAUCAGAUAUCUGAAUCAUCUCAUAUUACAACAAAAAUCAGCAAUAUCAGUCACACCCCCCGUCCAUCGUCCCCCCCAACCGAGACACCAGUAUAUUUCGAUAUGACCAAUAAAAACAAUUGUGUCGACAAUCCAUCUACAACUUCCAACACCACCCACCACAACCACUCUAACCACCACUCCAACAACAGCAGUAAUUCUUCCUCUCCCUCUUCUUCUUCUUCUCCAUGCUCCCCCUCAUCUACCACCAAUCUUAUUCCCACGAUUAGUAAUUCUUCCUCGACGACUACUUCUACAACCAGUAAUAAUAUUAAUAAUAAUAAUAAUAACAAUAUCACCACCACUACUACCAUCAACAACAACAACAACAACAAAUACCCAACAUCAAAUCAUAAUCAUAAUCAUAAAAAUAUCGUCCAACAACAACAACAACAACAAAAUAAUUCCAGUAUCAAAUCUAAUAGUUUAAUGAAAUUACCUUUAGAUUUGACUUUUGAUCCAGCAGAAAUUGACUACAAAAUAGCCAGCAACAUCAAAGGUUACACUAAUACUCAACAACAACAACAACAACAACAACAACAACCACAUCAACCAUCUAAUAAUUCCAUUUUCGAUCAUCAACAUCAUCAACAUCCAUUCCAAUCCCCAGAUAUUCACAAUAGAGGCAAAAAUAAUAAUAAUAAUAAUAAUAAUAAUCUCCCAGGCAUCGACUCGUUAGAUAUUCCAUCCAACACCAAUAUUCAUCCAAAUAUUAAUCGUCCGAAAUCCCCAUUGUUGUUUCAAAAUUAUCAUCAUCAUUCACAAUCAAAGUUACCAUCUCUGAUUCAUCCAUCCACUUCUUCAAAUAAUAAUAUUAAUAAUAAUAAUAAUAAUUCCAUCAUCGACUUGGUUCAAAAACAACAACCACAACAACAACAACAACAACAACAUCAACAACCAUUUAAUCAUCAACAACAACAAAGAUUUUAUAUCGAAUCUCAAAAAGUGGCACCAACAGAUAGAGUUUGUGAAUUUUGUGGUUGUACAACCACACCAACUUGGCGUAGAGGACCAAGUGGUAAAGGAUCACUUUGCAAUGCAUGUGGUAUUAAAUGGAGAUUAAAGGGUAAGGACUCGACCGGAGCCAGUAUUCCAAAAAAGCCAAAGGUCCCAUCCCAACCAAAAGUUCCAUCUGGUUCAUCUAUGGCAUCAAUGAAAGUUCCACAACAGUCUGUUGGCAAUAACAAUAAUAAUAACAAUAACAAUAAUAAUAAUAAUGCAACAAUGACUCAUAUUCAUCCAAUGAACAAAAAACCACUCACUCAUAAUUUAUUCCAACAUCAACCAAUGAUGAUGAAUCAUAAUAAUAACCAAUCGAUAUCCUCCUCCUCCUCCAACUCAUCUUCUUCACAAUUACCCAAGCCAUUAAUGUCUUCAAUGUCUUCACAACAUAUCCCACAACAUAUCCCACAACACCAACACCAACAACAAAUGUCUGGUAAUCAACUCCCAUUACCAUUCCGACCACCAACUCCAACCUCUUCACAACAACAACAAUCAUCGUCAUCAUCAUCACUUUCAAUGCACAAUGCAUUGGCACUUAUCGGCGCUAGCAAGUCCAGUCUUGGCCAUCCAAUGUCCAAUCCACAGCCAUUCCACUCGAUGCCUUUUCAGAAUGACCUCUCCACCACUGUUCCACUUGGUAACAACCAACAACAACAAGAUGAUAUCUACAAGAAAAAGAGAAAGAAUAUCCUUCAACACUCGAGUAGUUCCGAUUCAUUGAUUGAUGAAAAGGGAUAUUUCUGCAAAUACUGUAACAAGCAUUGGCCACUCUCAUCCUUUAAAAAUAGUCAACAAUUUGGUGCUCAUUGCAGUAAUUGUUCAAGAAAACCAAAAUCUGAAAUGGAAUCAUUUUUAACAGGAUUAAAAAAGAAAUUUAAAAAGAGAAAUGAUCAAGGUAUCUAUGGUGAUGAUGAUGGAGCAGUCCCAAGUCUUUGGGAUGGUAGUUAUAUGGGUAACGCCAAUACCUCCAACUCUACUCACAGACAAAAGGCUCCAACUUCAAACAACCCUCUAUUAAACAGAUUAAUUAAUAUUGUUGAAAAUCAAUUAAUUGAACCAAAUGAAUUAACUAUUAUUAAAGAUGAAGUAGAGACAAUGAAAAUAGAUUUAUUAUCAAGAAAGAAAAGAAGAGUUGAUCAAUUGAAUGGAGCAAGAGUAUCUGUGAACCAAGAACUAAAAGAGAUGAAAAACAAUAUCGAUGGAAGUUUGAGAAAACAAGAACAAAAGAAAAAUGAUUUUAUCGAUGAAUUAAAGUAUGAGAUUGACCAAAGAAUCAGAGAACGUGAAGCCCUCUUCUAUGGUGACACUCUGGCUCAUACCGUUCCCAUUCCACAGUCUCCCAAUCUUAUGAGAGAACCUCUUAGUCCCGAGUUGAUCAAUUCCCCACUCAUCUCAUUCUCAAGAGAACCAUCGCACACUAAAAUCGUCGCUACCAUGACCCCUAAAGAUGAAUCUUCCAAAGUUCAACCUUUCCGACUUGAUGUUACUUCAACUUAA